GUUUGUUCUUAGCGAAGGAGGAAAUUGCUCCCUGUCCGAUAAGACACCAGUGAAGAAAGGACGCAUGCUAUUUCACAGGAAUACGGCUGAUUUCCAGAUAUGACCAUGUAUUUGUGGCUUAAACUCUUGGCAUUUGGCUUUGCCUUUCUGGACACUGUAGUGUUGGUUACAGAACAAGACACCAUUUCUUCCACUCAAGGACUGAACACAGCAGAAGAGUCCUCUACUCUGCCUCCAGGUGAUCCCUUACCUGCUCACACCACUGCAUUCUCACUCGCAAGCAUCUCUGAACGAGGAAAUGACUCCUCAGAGACCACGCCUCCUCCUGGUCCAGAAAGUAGCACCACCGAAGUAUCCCUGAACUCUUGGGAUAAUGAUAGUAUUCCUGCUGUGACAGGGGCUCCAAGAGAGAGGACUGCACCCAGCACCUUGCCCGCAGACACAGCGUUCCCCCCAGUAACCACGCUCAGCCCCGCACACAGCAGUCGCGCUGCCUCACCUGCACGCAUCUCCAACUCGACCACCCAAGACAAUGCCUCAGAUGUGCUCAACGCGUCCACUACACCAUCCUCUCUGACCAGUGCAGAAAACAUUAUCUCUACAACUAAUCUCACAACAAUAGCUCCUCCUACUACACGUAUGCCUACAUGUGAAGACAAAUAUGCAAGUAUCUCUGCACACUUCAUUUAUAACAAGGAAAGUGACACAUAUAAUGCAACAUUUAGUGAAGUGAAAUGUGAACCUCUUGGGUGUGAAAAGCAGCUCCAUGGCCUACAGGAAUGUGAAAAGAAGAAGAUCAAUAUAUCAGAUCUUUCAUGUCACCCUCCAUUUGAAUAUUUAUUAGAGGUACCACCAGAUCCUAAACAUUUUCAGCUGAAUGAGUGUGUAGAACCUGAAAAGGCAAAUACUUCUCUUUGUUUACAUUGGGAAAUCACUAAAAAUUUUACUUGUGAUAAAAAGAAAAUAACAUAUAAAUUUGAAUGUGGUGGCCUUAGUCCAUAUAAUAAAAGUGGCAGAUUUGAAAAGGGCCAACUUCAACCCCAAAGUAAUUAUACUUGUAGUUCACAAGUAUCCUAUAAUCACAAGAUUUUUACUAGCCAAAAUAAAACUAUUCAAACAGAUUAUGGAGAUCCAGGAAUCCCUCAGAAUAUGAGUUGUUCUAACUUCAGUGCACAUAAAGCAUGGGUUACCUGGGGACCACCGCCAAAUUUUUUUCAUACGUUCACUCUUUGUUAUCAGAAUACUUCAGCAAAAAGAUGCCACACUCUGAAUAAAACUACAAACACAAUCAAUUUGGAAUAUUUGAAACCUUUUACAAGGUAUGAGAUAACAUUACAUGCCUCUGUCAAUGGAAGUGUGGAACGUAAUGGAACUGAUGUGAAAUGUGUAGUUGAAACAGAAGCAACAUGUCCAAGCGAGGUCAUGGACUUACAUGUUUCAAGGAAGACAGAUAAUAGUAUGGCUGUGAGCUGUAAGCCUCCUAAAGACUUUAAUGGCUCCCAGAAAGGGCAGUACCAUUUGAAAGUCAGUAUUGGAAAUAACUCGGCUGAAAGAGAAUUAAAACAACCAGAGUGCAAAUUCUUGGUAGAAGGUCUUCAAUAUUCAACACAAUAUACAUUUCAGGUCUAUUAUCACAAUGGGAUGUAUUCUGGUCAUCCAAAAAUUGUUUCACAAUCAACAUCUUAUAAUUCUAAUGCACUGAUCAUAUUUCUGGUAUUUCUGAUUAUUGUGACAUCAAUAGCCCUGCUUAUUGUUCUCUAUAAAAUCUAUGAUCUGCAAAAGAAAAGAUCCAGCAAUUUAGAUGAACAGCAGGAACUUGUUGAAAGGGAUGAUGAGAGGCAACUGAUGAAUGUGGAGCCCAUCCAUGCAGAUGUUUUGUUGGAAACUUACAAGAGGAAGAUCGCUGAUGAAGGGAGGCUCUUCCUGGCUGAAUUCCAGAGCAUUCCGAGGGUAUUCGGCAAGUUUUCUAUCAAGGAUGCUCGAAAACCCUUUAACCAGAAUAAAAACCGCUACGUUGACAUCCUUCCUUAUGAUUAUAACCGUGUUGAACUCUCUGACAUAAACGGAGAUGCAGGGUCCAACUAUAUCAAUGCCAGCUAUAUUGAUGGUUUCAAAGAACCCAGGAAAUACAUUGCUGCACAAGGUCCCAGGGAUGAAACUGUUGAUGAUUUCUGGAGGAUGAUCUGGGAACAGAAAGCCACAGUUAUUGUCAUGGUCACUCGAUGUGAAGAAGGGAACAAGAACAAGUGUGCAUUAUACUGGCCGUCGAUGGAAGAGGGCAGCCGGGUUUUUGGAGAUGUGAUUGUAGAGAUCAAUGAGCACAAAAGAUGCCCGGAUUACAUCAUUCAGAAGUUGACCAUUGCAAAUAGAAAAGAAAAAGCAACUGGGAGAGCAGUGACCCACAUUCAGUUCACCAGCUGGCCAGACCAUGGGGUCCCCGAAGACCCUCACCUGCUCCUCAAGCUGCGCAGGAGAGUGAAUGCUUUCAGCAACUUCUUCAGUGGCCCCGUCGUGGUACACUGCAGUGCUGGUGUUGGACGCACAGGCACCUAUAUUGGAAUUGACGCCAUGUUAGAAGGCCUGGAGGCGGAGAGCAAGGUGGAUGUCUAUGGCUAUGUCGUCAAGCUAAGGCGACAGAGGUGCCUGAUGGUUCAGGUGGAGGCACAGUACAUCUUGAUCCAUCAGGCCUUGGUGGAAUACAAUCAGUUUGGAGAAACAGAAGUGAGCUUGUCUGAGUUACAUCCAUAUCUGUCUAACAUGAAGAAAAGAGAUCCACCCAGUGAGCCUUCCCCACUGGAGGCUGAAUUCCAGAGACUUCCUUCAUAUAGGAGCUGGAGGAUACAGCACAUUGGGAAUCAAGAAGAAAAUAAGAGUAAAAACAGGAAUUCUAACAUCAUUCCAUAUGACUUUAACAGAGUAACACUUAAACAUGAACUGGAGAUGAGCAAGGAGAGUGAGCACGACUCAGAUGAGUCCUCUGACGAUGAGAGUGACUCGGAGGAGACGAGCAAAUACAUCAAUGCCUCCUUUGUAAUGAGUUAUUGGAAACCUGAAGUGAUGAUUGCAGCUCAGGGACCACUGAAAGAGACCAUUGGUGACUUUUGGCAAAUGAUAUUCCAAAGAAAAGUCAGGGUGAUUGUUAUGCUGACAGAGCUAAAGAAUGGAGACCAGGAAGCCUGUUCUCAGUACUGGGAGGAAGGAAAGCAAACAUAUGGAGACGUAGAAGUUCAUAUGAAGGACACCAAUAAAUCUUCAGCCUAUACCAUCCGUGCAUUUGAACUGAGACAUUCCAAGAGGAAAGAUCCACGAACUGUGUACCAGUACCAAUUUAAUAAUUGGAAUGGGGAAGAACUGCCCGUGGAGCCCAAAGAAUUAAUCUCAAUGAUUCAGAAUCUCAAACAGAAACUUCCCAAGAAGAAUUCCACCGAAGGGAAUAAGUUUCACAGGAAUGUGCCUCUCCUCAUUCACUGCAGAGAUGGAUCUCAGCAAACAGGAAUAUUUUGUGCUUUGUUAAAUCUCUUGGAAAGUGCAGAAACAGAAGAGGUGAUAGAUGUUUUUCAAGCAGUAAAAUCUCUACGCAAAGCUAGGCCGGGAAUGGUUCCCACAUUUGAGCAAUACCAAUUCUUGUAUGACGUCAUUGCUAGCACCUGCCCUGCCCAGAAUGGGCAGGUGAAGAAAAACAACCAACAAGAAGAUAAAAUUGAAUUUGAUAAUGAAGUGGACAAAGCAAAGCAGGAUGCCAACUGUGUGAGCCCACCUGGUGCCCUGGAUAAGACCCCUGAAGGAAAUAAAGAGGAUGAAAGUUCCAAACCCGCAAGUGGCCCUGAGGGGCCAGAACAUUCCGCCAAUGGUCCAGCGAGCCCAGUUUUAACUCAAAGUGCAUAGGAGAAGGCAAACAUGGGGCAACUCAAAACCUCACAUUAAACAUGUUAUUUCUAUUUUUCUAGAACUAGAAAGGCAAAAUAGAUAUACAAUGGAUUAAUGAAGUGUUUCAUAAAACAUGUUAUUUCUAUUUUUCUAGAACUAGAAAGGCAAAAUAGAUAUACAAUGGAUUAAUGAAAUGCAUGGACCAAUAUUUGUGGGAAGCUUCUAUUUUACAACUGUAGAAAAAUAUUUAAGACAGUUUUGCUGAAGCAUUUUGUACAGUUUUAUUUUAAAUUUUAUCCAUCAUUCAGCAAAAAACAACUUCUUUGUAGUCUUUGUGUGUGUGUGCAUGUGUGUGUGUGUGUGUGAGGCAGACAGACAGACAGAAACAAAGAGGCAGAGAGAGAGAGAGAAAGGAUGCUUUCAAGUAAAUCUAAAUGCUCUUGAGAAACUUUGCCUUUUGGGUUUUUUUUUUUUUUUUAAGAAACAACAUUUUAUACGGGAAAUAUUAACUGCUCAAAGGUUGUAUUUUUUUAAAUCAUAAACUGUGUGUGGGCUCUGUGUAAGAAUAACAUGUACAUUUCUAGAAUGACCUCAAGAUGGCCUCCUUGUUCUACUGAAAUAUAUCUUAUAGUUUACUAUGUUACUUCUAGAAAUAGACAUAAAAUAGUAGGUGUGUAUAGUUACUAUAAGAAAGUUAACUAAAUUAACAUUUGGAAAUCUUAUAUUCCAUAUGUUAACAUUUAGUACAAUCUUUCAAGCUUAUUUAAUCUAAUUUAAAAUUUCAAGAAAGCCUAUCUUGUUAUCUUCAUAUGGUGUUUAUGAUUUUGCAACAUGGAUUAUUCUCUAUAUAAUAUGUGAAAUUCAUUGCUUGAUACUUUUCACCCAAAAUUAUAUGUUUGUUAAAAUUGAACUUAAAUAAACAUCUUUAAACAAAUGCAAUUUGUAUUCAAUCCUUAGGACAAAAAUGGAGUCAUGCAAAUGUAUUUGUUCUAAAUAUUUACAUACAAAGCCUAACGUAGCUAUUUUUAUGGAAUAAGACAUUGAUAUGAGAUAUAUAAUAUUGCAUAUGAAUAAUUUUCAUGGUAAAAUUUGUCCUUGCCUUUCACUGAAGUGCAUUUACUUUGAAUUCCUCAAAUGUUUAUACUGCUUUUACCAGGAAUUGAUAACAACAAUGAAAUUCAAUCAUUAUCUUUUCUUGUACAUAAGUGUUCACAUGUUCAUAUAUGAAUUAUGUAAGCAGAUAUUGAAAUAUAGGCUUAUCAAUUAACAUUUGUAGA